AUAAAAACUUUGAAAAUCUUAGAAAUAAUAUACUCAGUCGCAGUAGCUACAAAGAGAAAAUUAUCGCAAAAUGAAAUUCUUCGUUGCCUUCGCCCUCCUCGUCGCCGCGGCUUCGGCCAGCAUUCUGCCGCCGGCGGUCAUCGCCAGCACCAACCCUGAAGUGCAGGAGAUCCUGGCCUCCAUCCAGAGCCCAAGCACCGACCCCGCUACCGCUGCCGCCCUCGAGCAGCUGCUUCUCGAAGUCCUCGGCCUCGCCAAGCCUGAGCCCAUCCACGUUGGACCCGCUAUCGUUGAUGAAUACGAACCCAUCCAUGUCGGACCUGCUAUCGUCCCCUUCCCCAUUCCCGAUGGUGGUGCUGUGACUGAAGUGGAAGCCGCCCCCGUGAUGCCCGGUCCCUCUGCCAGCGCUCCUCUGGUUCAGAUCAUCUUGAACAUCAACGCCGCCGCCAACGUUCCCGGCUCUCCUGUCGUCGUGGAGACCAACCCACCUGCGCCCACCCCUGUUCAUGUUGUCGAGGAGGCUGAAGUCCCCGAGCCCGUCAUCGUAGUUGACCAACCUGUCGUCGCUGAGCCCGUCAUCGUUGCUCCAAUCCUUCCCUCUCCCGUCGUCGUUCUGCCCGACAUCCUUAACUAAAUCCAUACCGCUGCUUGUCAUAACUAAAUUAUUAUUGCAAUAAAGAUAUAACUAAA